AAGAAACAGAACGUGAUUGCCUUUUUUCAUCCAUACUGCAAUGCCGGAGGUGGUGGAGAACGUGUUUUAUGGUGUGCCAUCCGAUCAAUGCAACAAAAGUAUCCACACUUACAACUCAUUGUUUAUUCCGGAGAUCGUGAUGCAACAAUGGAACAGAUUCUGUUGAAAGCCAAGCAACGAUUUGGAAUCAGGAUUGCACCGAGAAAUGUGGCCUUCGUCUUCUUAAGGCUCCGCCGUUUAGUUGAAGCAGACUUAUAUCCGUGUUUCACGCUUUUAGCUCAAACUAUGGCUGGUUUCGUUCUGGGCCUGGAGGCUUUGUUACAGCUCAACCCAGAAGUGUUUAUUGACAGUAUGGGAUACAGUGCCACGCUUCCUCUUUUUAGGUGGAUCGGAGGAUGCAGGGUGGCAGCAUAUAUCCACUAUCCAACUAUUUCAAGUGAUAUGAUUGAUUUGGUGUCACGUCGAGAACAAACGUACAACAACGCUGAUAUCAUUGCGCAGAGCAAUGUGCUUAGUCACGCAAAGUUAUUGUACUAUCGUCUAUUUGCGUGGGUAUAUAGCCUAUUUGGGCAGUCAGCUGAGGUCGUAAUGGUGAAUGGAAGUUGGACUGCCGGACAUAUCAAACGAAUAUGGCGUUGCGAUGAUGCUAAAGUUGUUUACCCUCCUUGUGAUGUGACUGCUUUUCUGGCAUUGGAUCAAAUAGCUGAGACAAGAUUUGCUGAAGACAAAACUAUCAGAAUAUUAUCCAUUGGACAAAUUCGACCAGAAAAAAACCACAAGAUGCAGUUAGAAGUGAUUCGAAUGAUGAAGAAAAAAUUGGAUGAACGUGACGAUGGAACUAAGAUUGAGCUGACAAUUGCGGGUGGUUGCCGAAACCAUGAUGACCAUGGUCGUGUGAAGCAUUUGAAGUGGGAAUUGACCUCUGAUGUGAAGUGGAAGCUCAAUAUAUCGUACGAGGAGCUACUGGAUGCACUAUCGGAGUCAUUAAUUUUUCUUCAUACAAUGUGGAACGAGCAUUUUGGAAUUUCUGUGGUUGAAGGCAUGGCCGCAGGUACAAUAAUGCUUGCCCAUGACUCUGGUGGACCUCAAAUGGAUAUCAAGCAACCUAUUGGCUUUCUUGCGGCUACUCAAGAAGAAUACGUCCGGCUUAUAUUACACAUUGUUGAAAUGACACGAGCAGAGCGUGAAGCUGUCAGAGAAGCUGCUCGGAAAUCUGUUAGUCGAUUUAGUGAAUCUGUGUUCGAACGGAAUUGGAAUGAGUGUAUUAAACCGUUGUUGCCUUAG